CACCCAUGCUCUUCACUUGUCAAUUUCGAAACAUUAAACUCACAAACAAGAAAGUUCUCUAGUAAGGUAUCUCUUCUAUUCUAUCAUGAUGGCUUUUUCCCUUAACCAUUUCACCAAUUUUGCUUCACUUCUUUUUCUAUUCUUGUUUCUUGAACCUGCCUUUGCCACAACAAGAAAGCUCGCAGCUCUCGUUCAAGAACAACCUCUCUUGCUUAAGUACCAUAAUGGUCCACUUCUUAAAGGCAACGUUACUGUUAAUCUCGUCUGGUAUGGCAAGUUCUCCCCUAUCCAACGGUCUAUAAUCGUUGACUUUUUCAACUCUCUCAAUUCGGAUGGGACUCCUUCUCCUUCAGUAUCUUCCUGGUGGGAAACUACUGCCAAAUACAGAGGAGGUCCCUGCAAUGUCAAUUUAGGGAAUCAGGUCUUCGAUGAAAAUUAUUCUCUUGGAAAAUCAGUCAAAACGUCCUACCUUGCAGCUUUGGCCUCCAAAGCCGGUCGCGGUAAAAAUCCAAUUACUGUUGUUUUCACCUCUGCUGAUGUGGCGGUUGAUGGGUUUUGCAUGAGUCGUUGCGGUACUCAUGGUUCGGGUCAGGGCGAGAAGGCUAAGUUCGCCUAUGCUUGGGUUGGUAAUUCGGUGACUCAGUGCCCUGGUCAGUGCGCCUGGCCUUUUCACCAACCGAUUUACGGACCACAGACUCCUCCUCUGGUGUCUCCUAACGGUGACGUUGGAAUUGACGGCAUGAUCAUUAACCUGGCAACGGUUUUCGCGGGAACGGUGACGAAUCCGUUUAAAAACGGGUACUUUCAGGGGAGUGCUGACGCUCCUCUAGAGGCAGUGAGUGCGUGCACGGGUAUUUUUGGGAAAGGAGCGUACCCGGGAUUUCCAGGAGAGGUUUUGGUGGACAAAACGACAGGAGCUAGCUACAACGCAAUUGGUAUGAAUGGGCGUAAGUAUUUGCUACCUGCAAUGUGGGACCCGGAAACAUCUACGUGCAAAACCCUCGUGUGAAUAAAAUAAAAUGUAAAAAUGUUGGAACAAACCAGUAAUUUUGUAUUUAUGUAACAUUGCAUGUAGAUACGGGUGAGUCGGUAUACGUUGAUGGUCAAUUUUUUUGUUGAGUGAUAUUGUAAAAUGUUACAAAUAUUAAUAAAAUUUUGCAAGGUUGCUUAAAUUAGCCUGCUUAA